CAAAUAGUUUUAUAUCACACUUUCAUAAAAGACAUUGUGUUGUGUAUAGAAAUCUAGUUUGGUGGUUACUUCUUCUUUACAGAAAGUGUUCUUGUUGCCCUUUUCAUUGCCAUAUGACAUUUGAUGAAUUCUGUCUUUUCAGAUACUUGUAAAACACUUAAAAUAUUGAAUACAUCUCUGUAUAUGGAGUAUGACAUACUAUCUUGAACAAGAGUAUUACUUGUUGGGUCUGAUACAAUCACUGCUGUAUAAGUAGGAGAAAUAUUCCCUGAGGUAACCAGAGACAGAAGCAUUAUUCACUUACUUCAAGGCCACCUAACAUCCCCACUCCAUGUUCCACAUGGUGGUGGUGUCUGAGUCUUUUCUUUCUGGUGCCUGACAGAAAAUGCUGAGGCUCGCCAAACUAACUCUGGAGCUUCAGGCUACAAGCAUUUGCAAACAAUAUUUGUUAACUUCCAGCUAUAGAAAUCUGGGUGACCUUAGUGUAUGGUGUGUCCAUUUUAUUUUUUGAUGAGCAUUCUCUGCGUAAGGAAGCCUGAAAUCAUGUCUCUAAACAUUUCUUUGAUGUCACAGACUACGUUCACCAGAAAUACAGAAAUGGCUCCUUCAAGAGGAUGCUAAUCUCCGUCUGGGCCUUGGAGAACAAGGGACACCAUUUCCAGGCUCCCCUGGUGGUCUUUUCUGGGCUUUUGACCUGGAAGUGACGCGAGACGCCGCUUACUAGUAUUGGUGCCGUGGGAACUACAUUACCCAGAAAACGUGGCGGCUCUGGGCCAAUGAAAGCCCAGGAAAUAGGCGUUUCCGUUGGUGAGGAAAACGUCAGGGCGGGACUUCCUCUACCAUCCUCUGGUGGACAUUUUGUUUGCUCUUCCAUUAAUCCACUGGUUUAGUGUCCGGAACGCAAUGUCAGACCUGAGGUGACAGAAAAGGGAAAACGUGAGAGAGUGUCUUCUUCCCUGAAGAGAGGUGGGCCUGAGGCUCGACAGUGGCGCUGCCCGAGUGACCUAACCGCUGGACUGGGCCCUGGACGGCUGAUCCCAGGUUCCUGCACUUGUCGCCACCCUUCCGUAGUCCACAGGCCUGAUGGCGGCGGCUGAGCCGAUGGGCCCGGCACAGGUUCCCAUGAACUCAGAAGUAAUUAUGGACCCUAUACAGGGGCAGGUGAACUUUGAGGACGUGUUCGUGUACUUCUCCCAGGAGGAGUGGGUGCUCCUUGAUGAGGCUCAGAGGCUCCUGUACCGUGAUGUGAUGCUGGAGAACUUUGCACUUAUGGCCUCUCUGGGUUGUUGGCAUGGAAUGGAGGAUGAAGAGAUACCUUUUGAGCAGAGCUUUUCUAUAGGAAUGUCACAGAUCAGGAUUCCCAAGGGAGGUCCUUCUACUCAGAAGGCUUACCCCUGUGGGACAUGUGGCCUGGUCUUAAAAGACAUUUUGCACUUGGCUGAGCACCAGGAAACACACCCAGGGCAGAAACCGUACAUGUGUGUGCUGUGUGGGAAACAGUUCUGGUUCAGUGCAAACCUUCACCAGCACCAGAAGCAGCACAGUGGAGAGAAACCCUUUAGAAGGGAUAAGAGCAGGGCCUUUCUUGUGAACAACUGCACUGUCCAAUCAUCAGAGAUGUCUUUUGUGACAGGGGAGGCUUGUAAGGACUUCCUAGCCAGUUCAAGCAUUUUCCAGCACCAUGCCCCUCACAAUGAGUGGAAGCCACACAGCAACACCAAGUGCGAGGAGGCCUCUCACUGUGGAAAAAGGCAUUACAAAUGCAGCGAAUGUGGGAAAACCUUCAGCCGCAAAGACUCACUCGUUCAACACCAGAGAGUCCACACUGGAGAAAGGCCUUAUGAGUGUGGUGAAUGUGGGAAAACCUUUAGCCGCAAACCCAUACUUGCUCAGCACCAGAGAAUCCACACUGGAGAAAUGCCUUAUGAGUGUGGCAUAUGUGGGAAAGUUUUUAAUCAUAGCUCUAACCUUAUUGUACAUCAAAGAGUACACACUGGAGCAAGGCCUUACAAGUGCAGUGAAUGUGGGAAAGCCUAUAGCCACAAAUCUACACUUGUUCAGCAUGAGAGUAUCCAUACUGGAGAAAGGCCGUAUGAGUGCAGUGAAUGUGGAAAAUACUUUGGUCACAAAUACAGACUCAUUAAACAUUGGAGUGUUCAUACUGGAGCAAGGCCUUAUGAGUGCAUUGCAUGUGGGAAGUUCUUUAGCCAAAGCUCUGACCUUAUUGCACAUCAAAGAGUUCAUAAUGGUGAAAAGCCUUAUGUGUGCAGUGAGUGUGGAAAAGCCUUUAGCCACAAACAUGUACUUGUUCAGCACCAUAGAAUUCACACUGGAGAAAGGCCAUAUAAGUGCAGUGAAUGUGGGAAGGCCUUCAGGCAGAGGGCUUCCCUCAUCCGCCACUGGAAAAUUCACAGUGGAGAAAGGCCUUAGGAUGGGAGAUAGAUAAUUCCAUUUCCUUGUUCAACAUAAUAACUGACACCAGAGAGAAGCUCCAAGAGUAGCCUUUAUGUGUAGCCAGCAGCCAGAAGUAGAACUUGAUACACUCACUCACCCUGGGGAGGUUCUUCUGAGUGCCAGCUAUAUGGGAAGCCUUCUGGAGGUAUGCUGAAUUUUCUAGACCCUUGCUGGAAUGUUGUCAAGGCAGUGCCUCUGAUAGAAGCUAUCUGUCUUUGUGCUGGAAAAGUCCUGCUUUGUGCAAAAGUAACCCCAAUGUGCUUCAAAAGACCUCUGUACUUCUCCCUUUCCUGGAGGGAAUCAUCAGUAGCCUGAGGCCAUGAAGGAUUCUCACUUUUUUCUGCCCCACAACUGGUUUAAGCAUGAGCGUGACCCAGUUUUAGCCAGAAAGAUGGGAGCUUUGUUCUGACCACUGGCAGAGGUUUCCCUUCAUGGAUAUAGUUGAUCUCACAUGGCACUUGCAAUGGAUUUUUCCAGCCUCCAAGACACCUAAACUGAAAUUGGCUGCCUCCUAUUCUGGUUUUGCAACAAAUGCCUUAAUUUUUAGACUAUCUUAAAUCUUGGGGAUUCUGUUCGCUUUGUGGGUUGGGUUGAGAACAGAAUUGGGCUAAGCCAGUAUGAAGGGAUGAACAGCUUUUGUGAGAGCUCCAACUGUCUGUAUCUCUGAGGUGACAGUAGAAUGGCAAAGACUAGCUCUUAUUCUAGUGUCAAGCUAAGUUACUUGACUGCUUAAGCUCUCCUAGGAAAGAAUGCCAGUCUUUGCAGCCCUAAUCUUUUGGUCUAUAUGUUAAGAUUUUUUGUGUAAUUGAGGUCACCCUAAGCAGUGGGCAUUUGUUGUAUAAUCUCUAGUGCGUCUGGGAGCAACAUGAAUUAGGUCCCUUGUUCCCAGAGGAUACUUAUAUUCCCAAGGCUUCUUGAGGAGAAUUUGAACUCAUGGGACAUGCCAAGAUCUCUUAAGUCUUUUUCAGUAAGCAGUUGGUGCUGGCUGUCCUCCAGAAGGCCCAGGUAGGAAUCAUAGUUGGUGCAGAGACCCAGAUUAAUAAGGGAUUGAGAAAACUGCAGCAAACUAUAGGGAAUAUGACCCUUCUAAAGGUGCAUCCACAUGUGUUUCCAUUACUUUGGCUCCAUUAUGAGGGUUUACAGAAAUACUCCCAUACCUUUGUCUCUUAUGGCUAAGGUUACUGUCCAGAAGUCAGUGUAAACAUUUUUGCAAUAAGCUGCACGUAUUUAUAGUGUACCAUUUGAUAAGUUUUGAUACAUGUUGGUACUUCUCAAACCAAAAGUUUCCUGAUUCCUUUUAUAUUUUCUUCCUUUCUUUCACCCAUCCCGAGGCAACCAUUGAUCUUUUGUCACUGUAGAAUGGUUUGUAUUUCCUACAGAGAUGCAGUAAUUUAAUAUGUAUUCUAAUGUUUUUGGCUUCUUAAACUCUGAAAUUAUGGUUCAUGGUGGUGUUCUGUGUUUCAUAGUUCAUUCCUUUUCAUUUGUACUUUGCUAAGAGUAUUCCAUUGUAGAGAAGUAGUUCCAAAGCAAGUGAUGCAGGAGAGAACUCACACAAGAACAAAGCCAUAGUAUCUGUCAUUACCUUAAACUGAAAGUGAUGAGCCAUUAUUUCUGCUAUAUUUCAUAAGUAACCCUAGCUAAUCCUGGUUAAAAGUGGAAGAGAACUACACAAAGGUGAAAAUAGGGAUUUGUGGGGCAUUUUCUUGGACUCUGGUGACCAUAAUCCUAUGUGGUUUUUUUUUUUCUUUUUCUGUUUUAGUUGUUUAAUGUGAAUUACAUUGACUAAUUUUUUUAAAUGUUAAGCCAACCUUGCAUUUCUGGAAUAAUUCUCAUUUGGUCAUUAUGUAUUAGUCAUUUAGUAUAUUGUUGAAUGUGAUUUGCUAUUUUGUGUUUGUUUUUUUUUGUAACAAGUUUUGCCCCAGUGUUCAUGAGUGAUAUUUGUCUCUAAUUUUCUUUCCUGCUUACUUGCUUGCUUUUUUUUUGUUUCUAAUUUUAUAUCUUGCCCAGGUUUGGCUUUGGUAUCAGCAUAAUGCCAGCUUUUUAUAGAGUAAGUUGGGAAGUAUUCCUGCUCUUCAAUUCUCUGGAAGAGUUUGUGAAUAAUUGGUAUUAUUUCUUCCUUAAAUGUUUGGUAGAAUUCACCAAGGAAGCUGUCUGGGUCUCGAGUUUGUUUUGUAGGAAAGUUUCUAACUACAAGUUUGAAUUCUGUGGUAGACAGAGGGCUGUACAAGUUAUAUAUACAUCCAUCUAUCUAUGUGUGUGUGUUGUCUGUCUGUCUCUCUGGGCCUGAAGUGUGUUUUGUAGGACAGCAUCUAACUACAAGUUUGAUUUCCAUGGUAGAUGGAGGGCUAUACUAGUUAUAUAUACAUCUGUCUGUCUGUCCAUCUGUCUCUCCAUCCAUCCAUCUCUAGAGUGAGCUUUGAUGGUUUGUGUCUCACGGAGUUUGUCUGUUUCAUUUAAGUACUCAAAUUUUUCAAAAUAUAAUUUUCAUACUUGUAGAAUUUGUAGUGGUGCUACCUCUUCUAUUCCUGAUACUGGUAAUGUCUGUAUUUCUCUUUUAACCUUGAUUGGUUUGGGUAGAGAUUUAUCAAUUUUACAGUUUCAUUGAUCUUUAAAGUACUUGGUAUUAUUGAAUUUUCUGUUUUCUGAUUUUUUUUUUUUCCAUUUUGACUUUUACUAAUGCCUUCUGCUUUUAUUGGAUUUCAUUUCUUUUGCUACUUUUUGACAUGGAAGCUGAGGUCCUUCGUUUCAAACCUUUGGGUUUUUUCCCCCUAAUAUGGGGGGAAAAUGUUAAUGUUAAAAAUCUAAGAACUGCUUUAAUUACCUCCCAUCAAGCUUGAUGUGGUUUCAUUUUUUUUUUGGGGGGGGCACAAUGUCUCACUCUGUCACCCAGGUUGGAGUGCAGUGGCGCAAUCUUGGCUGACUGCAAGCUGCUCCUCCCAGGUUCACGCCAUUCUCCUGUCUCAGCCUCCCAAGUAGCUGGAACUACAGGUGCCUACCACCAUGCCCGGCUAAUUUUUUGUAUUUUUAGUAGAGACGGGGUUUCACUGUGUUAGCCAGGGUGGUCUCGAUCUCCUGACCUCGUGAUCCAUCUGCCUUGGCCUCCCAAAGUGCUGGGAUUACAGGCGUGAGCCAUUGUGCCCGGCCAAUGUGGUUUCAUUUUAGUUGAGUUUAGGAUGUUUUCCAGUUAAAAAAAUUCUUCUUGACACACGCUCUUUUUAAAUGUAUGUUAAUUUCUAAAUAUUUGGGGAUUUUGCUUAUCUUUCUGGUAAUUUCUGCAAUAAUUCCACUGUGGUCAGAGUACAUUAAGACUUGAAUUGUUUACAGUUAUUGAGAUUUGCUUUGUGGCCCAGAAUAUGGGCUAUCUUGGUAUGAGUUACAUGUUCACUUGAAAUGUAUACUGUAUUCUCGUUUGAUGAAGGGGUUCUACAAGUGUUGAUCAGGUAAAAAUGGUUGAUAGUAUUAUUUAAGUUUUUUAUAUCUUUAUUGACAUUCUGUGGUUUUGUUUUGGUUCUAGCAAUUAUUUUAAGAGGAUUGUUGACAUUUCUGAAUAUUAAAUUGGAUUUACUUCUCUGCAGUUCUGUCAGAUUUUGCUUCACAUAUUUUGAUAUCUUUUUAUUAGGUGAAUAAAUAUUUCCUAUGUUAUGUCCACUUGA